CUAAAAUUGAAUGAAACAUCUGAAGCUGAAACUACCGCUGGUGACAGCCGCACUCGAGCAGCUCUACCCAGCUGGGUUAUGGACGGCCACGGUCACAUUAUUGCUCCAUUGAAGAAGAUACUCGAGGAAGGGUUACUUGCUACGUUUACACUUUGCAUGGAUGUGUUUGGUAACUUCUUCGUGCAAUGUGCUGUUCAAAACGCCAAUGCACAAGAACAGAGAUGGAUCACAAGCCAUCUUUUCGGUGGGCUGCACCCAAUGUGUCUCAACCGCUACUCCUGCCGUGUGAUCCAGAAAGUCAUUGAGGUUUGUUGUUAUCACGAGGCAGCAUUGCGAAACACAGUUUCCGUGUUGCACUCCAUCAUGACGACGUUUCCUCUCAAUCACUGGCAGUUCAUCAUCGAACAGUUUAUACGCAAGAAGGAGGAACUGUUCGAGGUUGCGGAAAACAAAUAUGGAUGUCGCGUAGUACAGCUAGCAAUAGAAAAGUCUAAUAAGCGUCGUCCGCAACUUCUCGAUAGUCUAAUGGCUCAUUUGGUUGCCAACUGUGAACGUCUAGCAUGCAACGAAUUUGCCAAUUAUGUGAUCCAACACGUAAUUAAAGCGGGCCCUUUGUCCGACUAUCGUGAUCGCCUUAUAGAAGAGUGCCUUUUGCGUAACCUCCUUUCAUUGUCUCAAGAGAAAUAUGCAUCUCACGUGGUUGAGAAAGCGCUGGAGUUCGCACCACCUGCACUUCUUGCUGAAAUGAUGGAUGAAAUUUUCGAUGGAUACGUUCCUCAUCCUGAAACUAAGAAAGACGCUCUGGACAUCAUGCUGUUCCACCAGUACGGUAACUACGUUGUUCAAAAAUGUUUUAGAAGCGGCAUAAACCUGCCCGACAUGGAACUGCGCAUGGAAUGGCUCAAUCGCCUUGAAACUCGUAUAUCACACAAUCGCGUUCGUCUUGCGAGAUAUUCGUCUGGUAAAAAGAUUCUCUCGACUCUACAACAGUUGAAUGAUUGUCCAAUCAUUAUUCCGAAUCCAAUUCGUAGUAGACGUCCGUGUACUCCAGCAGCUGUGCCAUCUAAAUAUCGUUGA